AUGGAAGGAAAGGAGUCCCCUGAACGCGUAAAUUCGCAGAGUCCUUCUACGUCCAAGACGGCGUCUGGAGUAUUCUCUCCUUUCCAGCCAUACGCACGAUCCAAGGGUCCUAUUCUCGGUCUGGGGACAUUAUUUGCAGCUUCAGCCGUUGUUCCGUCCACUGUCGUUCGUCCAAAUGUCUACUUUCCCCCAUAUCUCCACCGGGUCGGCUUCUCCCUGGUUUUUGGUGGUGCCGCGUACGUUCUGGGGGCUGGUGAUGCAAGGAAUGGCAGCGGCAUAGCUACUGCUUGGUCAUUGACAUACCUCUUCUUGCAUCUACGACGGUCUCUAAGACUACCAUUUUAUCCAAUGACAAUUGCGAUGACGACAGGUACAGCUGCAUGUGCGGCUUUGUACGGCACAGAAUACUUCAUGUACCAGACCUAA